CAACUCUCUGACAUUUGGUUUGGAAAAUAAACAAAAUACAAAAUUAGUUUUAUUAUUUAACUAUUAUUUUAAUUUCUUAAUAUGAUAUGUUUUAGUGGGUUGUCUUGUCAUGUUGUACAUAUUAUAGCAUUAUUUUUCAACGUUAUACACGGUAAAUAUCACUUAAUAAUAUAAGAUACUCCGUGAAAUGAGUUAUGAAUCAAAACCCUGAUGGCACAUCACAUUAAUAAGGUCCAUGGCUUGAUUCUUCAUAAAAUGGAUAAAGGAGAUCUAAAUUUUGAAUCUAAGGAGGCGUUGAAAAGAGUUCUUGAUGAGUAUGAAAUUCACAUAAAGACAAUAGAACAGCAGUUGGAUUUGUGUAAGAAGGAUCAUGAAGAACUAAGAAUUGAAAUCAGCCAUUUAGUUGAAGAGAAUAGAGACUUGUACGAAAAGCUGAUGACUUGCCAUAGACAGCAACAAAGUCCAACAAAUAAAUCAGAUAAAAAUAUCCUAUUCCAUCACUCGGAAAUGGUUGAUAACCUUCAACAGCAGUUGGCUUUGGCAAUGGAAGAGAAAAGAACAGUAGAGGCGAUGUGGAAGGCCAGCUUGAGAGAGGUAGACACUUUGCAAGAACAAUUGCAGCAGUAUCAGUCUGGACACCAGUUGACAGUGGCUCACAACAGACUUAAUGAUGUACAAAAAGACUACACUGAAGCAAUAAAACUGUUGGAAUCAAAAUUGGUGAGUUUAAAGGCAGAAAAUAAUCAGCUGACAGUAAAAACACAGUUGCUAGAGGACCAGUUGAUGCAGGUCACUUCACAGAUGGCUCUUAUGACCGAGAAAAACCUCUCUUUGAGCAACGCAUUGAAAGAAUCAAGAAAUCAUGAACAGGAGUUAAAGUCUGGUUAUUUGACUCUAGAAGCUAAAUACAUAGAGCUGGACAAGUCAUAUGAGAUUGAUAAAAGAAAAUUUGCACGUGCCUAUGAGCAUGACAAGGUGGAGGCUCAGUUACAUGAUAAGGUGGAGGCAGCAGUGAGGCAGCGAGACGAGUUGCAGGCAGCAUUGGAGCGGUGUCAUGAACGGAUGGCAGAGUUGCUGCGUAAUGCAGCUAGUGACCGCAACCGUGUAGAGGAGGCUGUGGCAUUAGCUGAGAGUGUUAUUGUUCUCCGAGAUGACACCAUUGCUCAGCAGAAUGCUUUGGCAGAAGAGAUAAAGAGGCUGAAGGCUGAGCUGGAGCGAGUGAAUGGGGAGGCAGAUAAACGUGCAGGGCAAGAGACUUCAACAAUGCGCAGACAGUACGACUUGGAGUUGAUCACUUUGAGAGACCAGCUAAGAGUCUCUCAACAGGAGCGCGACAGGAAGUAUGCAGAGGUUAGCCAACUACAGAGGGAAUGUGAGCGACUGCAAGCUCUGGUAGACCAGGGCAGACUGCCGGCAGGUACAGACAAUUACCGGCGUGACCAACGGUUUGAGCAGGCUUACCAGGAGUUACAGCGGAUGGAUACAGACUGCCAGCAGCUGCAGAAGGAGAAUCAUUCAUUGCGUGACAGCCUCAUCAGACUGGAGGAGAGGUAGUGUCUCUGUACUUUG